CGCGCGUCGAGCGCGGACGGCGAACAUGGGACUGUCUCGAGGGGCGCGCACGGGGUCGUACGUCGAUCUGUCGAAGGAAGCGACGCGUCCGGGGCAGACGGGGAUCUUGGAUAACGGAGACGCGGCGUCCGAUGGGACGUUCAAGUCGAAGAUCAUCUGCACGCUCGGACCGGUGUCGCGAACGGUGGAGAUUUUGGAGGAAAUGUUGAGGGCGGGGAUGUCGGUCGCGCGGUUCAACUUUUCGCACGGCUCGCACGAGUAUCACCAGGAGACGUUGGAUAAUUUGCGCGCGGCGUGCGCGAACACGGGCAUUCAUUGCGGGGUGCUGCUCGAUACCAAGGGGCCGGAGAUUCGCACCGGGAUGCUCGCGUGCGGGGGACCGGUGAUGCUCGAAGCGGGGAAGGAGAUCGUGCUCACCACGGACUACGAGUUCAAGGGUAGCGCGGAAAAGCUCGCGGUGUCGUAUCCGGACUUGGCCAAGGACGUCAAGCCCGGUUCGAAGAUUUUGUGCGCCGACGGUUCCGUCACCUUCACCGUGCUCGAGUGCGACGUCGCCAAGGGCGAGGUGCGAUGCCGCCUCGAAAACAGCGCCAAGCUCGGCGAGCGCAAGAACAUGAACUUGCCGGGCGUCAACGUGAACUUGCCCACGAUCACCGAGAAGGAUCGCCUCGAUUUGAUCGAGUGGGGGGUGAAGAACAACGUCGACUUCAUCGCCGCCUCGUUCGUUCGCAAGGGAAGCGACGUCGAGUACAUUCGCUCCGUUCUCGGCGACUUCGCGAAUAAAGUUUCCAUCAUCUCCAAGGUUGAGAACAUGGAGGGCUUAGAUAACUAUGACGAUAUUGUCGAAAAGUCCGACGGCGUCAUGGUCGCUCGCGGCGACUUGGGUAUGGAGAUUCGCAUGGAACAAAUAUUCUUGGCGCAAAAGCGCAUGAUCAAGCGGUGCAACUACGCGGGCAAGCCCGUAGUGACGGCGACGCAAAUGCUGGAGUCCAUGACGGGUGCCCCGCGCCCGACGCGCGCGGAGGCCACGGACGUGGCCAACGCUAUUCUCGACGGUACCGACGCCGUGAUGCUCUCCGGGGAAACCGCCGCGGGCAACUACGCCAUCGACGCGGUCAAGUGCAUGGCGUCCAUCUGUCGCGAAGCCGAAGCGUACGUGGACAACGUGGCGAGCUAUCACCAAAUCCUCGAGCAACAGCCGAUUCCUAUGGGCGUCGAAGAGUCUUUGGCUUCGUCCGCCGUUCGUACCGCGCAAAAGGUGCAAGCCUCCAUCAUUGUAUGCCUCUCUCGCACCGGCACGACUUCUCGUUUGAUCGCCAAGUACCGCCCGGAUGCGCCAAUCUUAUCUGUGUGCUACGCUGAAGAAGCCGAUCCGGCGAGUGUUGCGCGCCGCUCGCUCGUCAGCCGUGGCAUUAUCCCGGUUAUCCAACCGCCGGAGUGGGGUCAAGGCAACGCCAUCGUCCCGCAAGAAGUCAUGCGUAACGCCAUCCUCUACGCCCGUGAUACGCUGAAGAUCGUCAAGCCUGGCGACGCUGUCGUCGGCGUGCACCGUCUCUUGGGCGAAGCCAUCUUGAAGGUCGUCGUCUGCCCAGAAGGUAACGCCUUCUAAGGACUCAAAGAAUCGUUCUUUUCCAUCACACGUAUUGUCGGCAGCACGCUCUGCACACACGCGCUCUGCACCCAUCGCGCGGUAGGAAGUAAUCUCGCCUUAUCC